CAUUAUCAAAGCUAUUCUCACUAGUUCCUAAGACUGUCAUUCACAAACAGUGCUUUCUAUGCUUAACAUUAACUUCUAACAAGUGCAUUUAGGUAUUGUAGUAUAAAAACUGUGAGAGGUCGUACAGAGUUAUAUCCUUAGUUAUGCAAUAUGGUUCAUUGACAAGAGACUGCUGUCUGCAUUCUCUAUAGAGUAAUUGUUCUGAAACCAUCUGUCACAUUUACAACAGGUCCUAUGAUACUGAAUUUUUUAUUUUAAAGAUGAACGUAAUAUUUUCCUCAUUAAUAUUUGUAUCAUUAUUAUUACUAAAACAUGGAGUUGCUGCCGGCGAGAUUACGGUAACGGAAGUUCCAGCCGGUCAUUUAGCUGAACUUCCGUGUUUAAGCAGCGAUGAUCACCAUCGUUUUAUGUUUUGGCAACUUACGGAUGACAAGCGCAUUAUCGGGCCUGGAAACUUCAUGGACGAAAAUAAGUACAAUUACGAGGUGCUAACUGGAAAGCUUUACAUCAGAGGUGUAUCAACUGCUGAAUCAGGUUUUUACAAAUGCGUAUCAAAAGGCAUAGCUGAUCAUUCUUCCAUCAAUAUUCACGUUGUUGAGUUAAUUGUUAAGAAAGAUUGGGAAGAUGUGUGGGAGAACGAUUUCGAGACAAACUUGUUACGUGGAAUGGCUGCUGUUAUGGUAGUAGUUGUUGUCAUAGCAGUUGUCCUCUUUAUCAUCACGGCGAAAAGAAAACAAAAUCGAAGAUUUUUCGAUUUAGAAGAAUCAAGAGAAAAUUCCCCUGUAAAGUAUACACCAAAUACCAGCGGUCGUCCUAAUGUGCCAACGCCAAUAGCCGAAGAAAGUGGCAUUGAUAAUUCAGCUCUUGAUAUCGACUUCCCGAGAGUGUUUAAACAAAUGCAGAAAUAAACAACAAUUUCGUGAUGCAGUAUUCCCUUAAACCGAGAGCCAUUGAGUGCUAACAAGGGAAUACUGUGCAUUGUACAAAUUAACUUUUUUAUAGUAGUUUAUAAUGAAUGCAUCGAAUUUUUCAUUGCGCUACCGCAAAGUGAAAGACGCGAAUCUGUUAAGGACAUAAGUCUAAUUAUACUAUCUUCUAGAUUAAAGUUACUGUAUAUUGUUGUAUAUUAUACACAUAAAUAAUUAAAUUGUUUACGCAAAUGUUGUACUUUAUCAGAUUAUUAUUUUAACAAGUAUAAGAAAAUAAAUUGAUCUUAUUCGAACGUAGGAGACAUA